AUGGAACGACAACAGCAAACAACUUCAGCAACAACAACCAAGCAAGCAGCCAGCCGACAACCAGCAACAAAGCAAGCAAGCAACCCGGCCAACGCCAGCAACGGCGAAAUGACCCACAGCAACGAGCAGCAACAGCAACAACAACGAAAGGCAAUGACAGCAGCAACAACGACAACAGCAACAACCAGCGCAACAGCAACAGCAAGCAACCAAGCAGCAAAGCAGCAACGGCAAUACAACCAACCAACCAGCAAUGACAGCAAAACACAGCCAGCAACAAACCAAAACAACCAGCAAGCAACCAACCAAACAACAACAGCAACAAGCAAACUAGCAAAGCAACAGCAACCAACAACAACAACAACCAGCAACAGCAAGCAACAACAACCAACGACAAAAGCACAGCAACAGCAACAACAA